UCUCUAUAAAACCCUUUCUAUUUUCUCACUCUAAACACAAACCCACCACAUUUCCAUGGCUUCACUCUCUCUUUCGCGCCACAACCACCUCUUCGUUGGGCCUAUACCGGUCCGCCCCAAGCCCAGGUCGUUUUGGCCCGCCCAGAUCCGAAUGUCGCUCCGAGAAGACGCACCCUCCAUCGCCGUCGUGGGCGUCACCGGCGCCGUUGGCCAAGAGUUCCUCUCCGUCCUCUCCGACCGCGACUUCCCUUACCGCUCCAUCAAAAUGCUGGCGUCAAAGCGCUCCGCCGGCCGCCGCAUCACCUUCGAGGAAAGGGACUACGUCGUGGAGGAGCUCACGGCGGAUAGCUUCGACGGCGUCGACAUUGCACUCUUCAGCGCCGGCGGUUCCAUCAGCAGGGAGCUCGGCCCUAUCGCUGUCGAUCGGGGAACGGUGGUGGUUGACAACAGCUCGGCGUUUCGGAUGGACGAGAGUGUGCCGUUGGUGAUUCCAGAGGUGAACCCUGAAGCGAUGCAAAAUAUCAAGCUCGGAAUGGGAAAAGGUGCACUCAUUGCAAACCCCAAUUGCUCCACUAUCAUUUGCUUAAUGGCUGCUACACCUCUUCAUCGACGCGCUAAGGUGUUGCGUAUGGUUGUUAGUACAUAUCAGGCUGCUAGUGGUGCCGGUGCUGCUGCAAUGGAAGAGCUUGAGCUCCAAACUCGUGAGGUGUUGGAAGGAAAAUCACCAACUUGUAACAUAUUUAAACGACAGUAUGCUUUUAAUCUAUUCUCGCACAAUGCAUCUGUUCUUUCAAAUGGAUAUAACGAAGAAGAAAUGAAAAUGGUCAAGGAGACAAGGAAAAUCUGGAAUGACAAGGAUGUUAAAGUAACUGCCACAUGCAUACGUGUUCCUGUAAUGCGGGCUCAUGCUGAGAGUGUGAAUCUUCAAUUUGAGAGACCCCUUGAUGAGGACACUGCAAGAGAUAUUCUGAAGAAUGCUCCAGGUGUAGUGGUUAUUGAUGAUCGUGAAGCCAAUCAUUUUCCUACUCCAUUGGAAGUGUCAAAUAAGGAUGAUGUUGCUGUUGGUAGGAUUCGCCGUGACCUGUCUCAGGAUGGGAAUCAAGGGUUGGACAUCUUUGUGUGUGGGGAUCAAAUUCGUAAGGGAGCUGCACUUAAUGCAGUCCAGAUUGCUGAGAUGUUGCUAUGAGUUCGAGGACGUGGUACCUGAGAUUACGCUUCUUUCGAAUCAGUUUUGUAUCUGCUAGUUGGAUGAGGUUAUUCAUUUCUUUUGAGAUUUAGUUAGUCCAAGGAUCUUUUCAACGAUGUGGUAGUACACUAGCCUGAAACAAUUGUUUUAAGGUCUUAUUACGUAAUUGUUGUAGUCUUUUUCACUGGAAAUAACAUGCAUUGGUUAUGGCAAAGGUGAACGACUUAAUGUUUGAUCUUC